AUGUGUAAAGUAAUUGUCGGAGUUCUUACUAAUGAGAUCGACGAGCUACCUCGUGGUCAGAACGAGAUUAUCGUGACUUGGGGACAGCUAGAGGCGGGGCAUCGUUUGCCUUUGUAUUGUCCAUUGAACUAUUUUGAGUACGAGGUUGUUUCUCUCCUUAAUACUCAGAGAGGUGUGUUACAACCCAACGACAACUUUUGGCGUAUCCUUUUAGAGUGUGCCCGUCGAAGUAAGGGCAAGGUCACAGAUCAUGAGAAGAACGACCUCGUUCCUGCGCAAGCCGAUUUAUACACUUCCGAGAACUUCCUGGAGAAUUAUUCGUGUCAUCAACUUGGAGACAAAUUUAAUGAUUUUUGUGUGGGCAUUUCGAGAUCUCGUCAUUCUUUGAAGGGUCCCUUGCUCCUUCCUGAUUUGGAUCCUCCAAAGUUGUUUGUGGUUCCUCUUCGGAUUAUGGGCCCACGUAUCUAUGGAUGGGAAGAUCUCGGAGGUGUCCUUCCUCAGCUUCCCGAUCGUGGAAAGGCUGUGGAUGGAUCUGGCCCUUCAAGUGUUUCUGCUGGUGUUGUUACUCAUGCUUUAGAUGUUGAUCUUUCUUCUUUGUUUGAUGAUAAUAUGGAUGAGGUGGUUAUAGUGGAUUAUAUAGAUGAUCCCUUCUUUGAGGAUGUGGAAAUUUUUCUCCUGCACGAGUCUUUUCCCUAUCGGGGUGAUGGUGCUGCAUCAAGGUCGGAGCUAAAGAUUCCCCAGGCGAGUAAUAUCGCUGAUAAGGGUAGUCUAUCUGAUGUGGGUGCUCCUGGUGGUGUUGUUACUGGUACUGGUGUUCCUAGUUCAUUUGGUGGUGGUUUUCCAAGUUCUUCCGUGAUUCCUUCUUCUCAUUCCUUCACUAUAUUUGGUGGAGUUUCUAGUGCUGCUUCGAUGCUAUGCUCCGAAGAGGUCGUUAAUCUGAAUGAGGAUGAGCAAGAUCGAGUUUUAAGCUCUCUAGAUAAGCUUACUCAGCAUCGGCUCGUGACCAUGAACAACAAUUUGAGGAAUUCCAUGCUGGUCGAGUCUUGAAUGGCCAGGAAGCGAGCUAGAGAUGUUGAAGGCGAUGUUCGUCGGAUGCAGUUCGAUCUGGAUGCUUCCAGGCUAUAAGUUGAAACAUUGCGCC